GCUACCGCGCAGUGGAUUUUCUGAAGGCUGUAGUGCGGGCCGCAUGCCAACGCUACGUUCGACCUCGCACGACCCUAUUAAUACGAGACACAUCGUCUAUCGAUCAUAGUCCACUCUGUAAUCCCAAACAUGCAGUUCCUCCUGUUAUGUGUGUGCCUCUCGGUGGCUGUGGGUACGACCUUGUCGACCCCUAUUCCAGCUGAUGGCUUCGUGUUCCCAGAUGCUGUAAGAAAUCAGCGGAAAUUGGAACCGAUUACUCCACCUGUUCUCCCAGUGUUAGAACAUUUGGAGCGCGAUCCAAGUACGCUGCUUCCUGGAGAAGGAACUAAACGAGUGUCUGGAACUCCCAAGCCCCGGUUUGGAUUUGGAGGCGGGUUCAAUGUGGCACCAACCGGGAACGGUGGUCUUUCAGCAAGUGUAAGCAGCAGUGCCAGUGGUGCCGGCAUAAGCCACUCAGCUUCGCAAUCGUUCUCGUUUGGAUUCAAUGAAGGUUUCAGCGCAUCGCACUCUGCGAGUCAAGCCUCGUCCUUUAAUGGAUUUGGGAGCUUCAGCGGUAGUCAGGCGAGUAGCCAGGCAGCGUCGUUUAGCGGAGCUGGCGCCUCAUUGUCGGGCUCGGCCGCAGCUGCAGCAGCUCAGGCCGGGAGCUUCGGCAGCCAGAGCACGUCCUCAGCUUUUGGCUUCAACUCUAUCAACGAUGGUUUUCCUCGACCUCAAGCGUCGUUCGGGGAAGGUCUUCUCGACAUAAGACAUCGUGGCGUUCCGAACUUCCCCUUCCCUAACCUACUGGCCAGAAAUAAGGGCUCCGGUGCAGCAGCAUUCAGAAGUCUGAACAGACCCACCAGUAGGAACGGAGACGACUUCUUAGCUGUGCUAGUUUCUAAUUAGGAUUACGAAACGAAAUUUAUUCGAACAAUUGUUAGCCUUUGAUUGGCCUGUUUUGACAGAUAUGACUUAUUUUUAACUCAUUUUAUUGAUAUUUUUGAGAAAAAUUCAAACGAUUUUAUUAUUCGUUGAACUGCCGAAAUGGGUCUUACAACGUGGAAAGUAUAAGAGAUGUUAAUUAUUAAUUAGUGUAAUUUUGAUACGAGUUACCAAAAUAGUUUUAAAAAACAAUCGAUGUCAGUCAAUUAUGGAUAUAAGCUCUCUAUAAAGAAUUUAUUUGUAUUUAGAUUAUAAUUUACUGUUUAAAACUUUAUAAAGUAUAAUUCAACUUUGCUUAAUCUUUUUAAAUAUUUACCAUAUGAUUACUUACACUGUUUGAAGCAGUCCCGAACCGAAACUAAACCUUGAAAAUGGAAAUUAAGAACAAUGACCCAAACAAAACACAAUCUCAUCAAAAAGAACAUUUUCGUAAAUGUUACAAGCAAAAGUAUUAAUACAUUGCAAAAUAUUUACAUGAAGACUAUUCUCUAGUAUCCAAGUUGCGUUACACAAAUCAUUACUUAUCGACUUUGAACACUUAUCUAGAGGUUAUAAAUUAUUAUAACCUAAAUAUAUUUAUUUAUAUCUAUGUUUAGCACCUGCUUCGGCUUUCACAGCUUAGUUGGUUUCUGAAAUCAAAAUCUUUGUAUAAAACAUGUCGUCCCUCUUAUUGUUUUGGACAAAACAGAGAUAGCAAUAUGUUUUAAAAAAGGAUUUUCAUCUCAGAUAUUUACGUUUAUACAUAUGUAAAAAAAUUUUAUAUUCGAAAUAUUACAUAACAAGCGAUAAAUGAACAUUGCAGCGACUGACAU